AAUAUCAUUUAAUUGUAUGCAAUUAAAUUAAAAAAAAAAAAAAUAAAUAAAAAAAUAAAACAACACCCACAUACAGACGAUCAAUAUUCCUAUGAUUUUAAUCGAUCUUCUUUCAUCGUGACGAUGACAUCAAGAAAGUGGGAAAAUUUGUUGAUGGUUGCAACGAAAAGAAGAGUUCAGAAAUGAACAGAAGAAGAAGAAGAAGAAGAAGUUAAUUGCUGAUUCAACAAAUUAUUCUUCGAUAAAAUUCAACAAACGAUCGAUGAGAAGAUUUGUUUAAUAAAAACAUUGUUUUAAUAAGAACAAAUAAAAUUGUCAUCGCGAAAUAGAAAAAGAAAAUGAGAAGAGUGCCGAUUUUCUUGGACCGGUAAAUAAGAGGAACGUAAAGAUGGCGUCUCGAAGUGACGCUUGCGCUAUCGUCUAUAAAAGACCUUCGGCGCAACAAUUUUCCGGAGAUAUGAAGGAACAUUCGGAUUCUUCGAAAGUCGAGAGAGACAAGGAUCCGCCACAAAGAUCGCAAAGCAGUGCUGCCAGUUUAAUGUCAAUCGGCGCUGAUAUUUCUCCUAGUUCGUCACAUUUUUUCGAGGUACUUUACAUCGGUAAGAUCAAAGUUUCUCAUCCAAAAGUAUCGGAAUCUUUCAUCGACGAUGCCCUACUCAGAUUUCGUUCGCACGGACUUGAAAAAUCUAAAUCCUCGGCAAGUGCUUUUCUAUCGGAAUGUAAGCAACUACAACGUCAAGCUGUCACCAAUUUAUAUGUCGCCAAUAAUAGGAGGAACAGCACGGAAUCUAGUGCCAGCGAAACGGGUAGCGUUGAAAAUGUAUCCGGACAUGGUUCGAUCUUAACAUCGGUGGCUACCUCAUCGAUGGUAGCCUCUUCUUCUUCGUCUUUAAAAUCCGAAGAUAGCAACGGUACUCAAAUUAGAACAUCCUCAAUGACUAUUGACAAUAAUGCCGGAGGUAAUAAUAUUCAAGUACCCGAAGUUAUGAGAAAUCGUGCUUCUUCGAUGGGCAGUGUUUUAACAGGUAGAAGAGAUUCCGGUCCGAAAACUAGCGACGAGCAUAAUAGGACCAUGUUAUUUCAGGUGGGAAGGGCCGAUCUUAGAUUGAUCAGUCCCGACAGGAAGCAAGUUUUGCUUCACAAACAAAUUAAAGACGUUGCAAGUUGCGUACAGGGUGUUAAGAAUUCCGAACACUUUGGAUUUAUUUGUAGAGAAGCUGCAAUAGAAAGUUUCGUUGGUUAUAUAUUCAAAUGUCAAUCGGAAUCUGUUGCCGACGAUCUCGUUGCAGCUAUCACUCAAGCAUUCGUUGCAACUUGCGAUGUUACGAGAAAGGAAAGAUAUCCUGUAUUCUCGUGCGAACACUGUCCCAUGUUUUGGUACAAUAAACUAUAUCAAGAGAUAGAAGGUCAAAACGAUCGGCGAACCCAAAGUAUAAUAUUUUCACGAAUGGAACAAUUACCGGAAGACGAACAGGAAAUUGUUGUUAGCAAAUAUAAAGGUGCGGAAGCAAUCGGAGGUGGAUCUGGUGCUGGUUCGAGUUUGCGCGAACAGAAUCAAUUUCUCAUGAGAUUAUUACGUGCUCAUUGCGAGGCUAAACAAGCCAGGCACGUUCACGAUACAGCCGAGAAUAGAAGCGAAUUUUUAAAUCAGUAUCUCAGCGUAGGCGUUGGUAGUACGAUAUUUAUGAAAGCAAAACGUUCGCUGACUAAUAGUUUCGAUAAUCUUAUGAAACGAAAGGGUUCGCGCGAAGACUUUGGACUCUCUUCGCAACCGAAGGAUCAUAAUCAUUUGAAUGCAGUAUUACAAAAAAGCGGAAGCCAGAGUCCCGAUAAUUCGCGUCAAUCGUCGAUUGGUGCAGACGUUGCGACGGAAAAUUCUGGAAGACCAAGAUCGUUACGCGUAUCUCCGGAACAACAGAUAUCUGUUAAUGCAGGACCGAGGAGUUCAAUGAUGGAUAUCUUUUUAAAAGUAGGCAACUCGCCGAAAAUGUCGCCGACGGAAUCCGACGGAAAUACUGACAUGCAUUCCAACAGUUCCUGGAGACAGGCGAUAUUACAUCGAGUUGUAACGCCUGGUAAAGAACAUGAUAAAAAUAAUGGAAAAGCUGAAAGUUCUAAUGCCAAUGAAGCACCUGCUGUUGCUACGCGCAGAACGAGACAGGAAUUGAGGGAUCUUUGGAAAAAAGCAAUUAACCAACAAGUGAUACUUAUACGAAUGGAGAAAGAGAAUGCAAGACUUAAAGAGCGUCAAGAAGAAGCGACAGUGAAAAGAAUCAAAUUGGAAUACGACGAAAUUAGCAGUUGUGCUCGUGAACUCGUUGAAGUAUGGGAUUUACUGGUUAGCAAGGAAUCCCGUGUUUCUACGAAGUGUGACAAUCAAAUGCUCUUACAUGCCAUCAAGCAAGGUGUACCUAAAGGAAAAAGGGGCGAAGUAUGGCAAUUUUUAGCGGAACAAUUUUGCCUGAAACAACCACCCAUAGAUACUCAUGAAUUCCCGAACUACAAUACAUCUUAUGAUUUAUUACUAAAACAAUUGACAUCUCAGCAACAUGCUAUUCUUAUCGAUUUAGGACGUACGUUUCCAAAUCAUCCGUAUUUCAGUUCACCUUUGGGACCUGGCCAAUUAGCACUUUUCAAUUUAUUGAAAGCUUACUCUCUACUAGAUCACGAAGUCGGCUAUUGCCAGGGCUUAAGUUUUGUCGCUGGAAUUCUUCUCCUACACAUGAUGGAAGAUCAGGCUUUUUUUCUCUUACGACAUCUGAUGUUUCGGAGAGGCCUGAGAAAACUCUACCUUCCAGAUAUGGCAGCAUUGCAAUUGCACUUAUAUCAACUGUCAAGAUUACUGCACGAUAGACUACCGGCACUUUAUGAUCAUUUUGACAAGCACGAAGUGUCACCCACUUUGUAUGCAGCACCGUGGUUGUUGACCCUCUUUGCCAGUCAGUUUCCAUUAGGUUUUGUAACUAGAGUUUUUGAUUUACUUUUUCUCGAAAGUUCCGAAAUAUUAUUCCGAGUAGCCGUCGCGUUAUUGGAAGAACAUCAAGAUCAGUUGUUGUGUUGUGACAGUUUCGAAGAAAUAAUGGAAUAUCUUAAAACUCGCGUGCCAGCCGUUGACAAGGCCACCUUGGAUCGCGUAAUGAAACGUGUUUUUUAUCCGGACAUGGAAGUUUCCAAACAAUUGAAUGAAUACAGAGUGGAAUAUCAAGUUUUACAAGAAGAAAUGGUAUCGAUGAAACCGCAAAUCGAAAGUUUGGAAAAAUUCAAGGUUAUUAACAAACAAUUGAUGAAACAAGUCGAUCAAUUAAACGAACAAUUGGAGAUAGCAAUGAAUAACAUGCAACGUUUGGAAACAGCCCGAUCGAUGCAACAAUCGGUUGUGAAUAAAUUAGAAUCUCAUAAUCGUGGUCUCGAAGUAACGGUUACAACUUUGGGCGCAUUCAUUCAACACCUGGCUGAAACGCGCGACGACAUAGAUUUUCCAGGUGAUGUACGUAGAAUAAUUUCGCAAUUGAGCUUGGCCGAAAAGCGAAGGAAUACGAACAAAUCGUAUCCAUUGAAAAUAUUAGAAGAUCAUACGAAACAAGGUUUGAUUAAAAGUAAUUCGACCGGUAGGGAAUCACAUAAUUUUUUAAAGAACAGUAACAUGAUCGAUCCUCCAUAUCCUUUAAAAUCAACAUUGAGCCAACCAAAUUUGGCAACCAGAUUGGAAAAAGUAUCAUCAUUUUUUUCUAAUUCGCACAAUCAUAUACAAAAGCAACGAGCACAAUUGGCCGCACUUAGGAACGAGUAUACCGAUCCAAACGUAAGAAUCAAUAAUGACGAAAAUGAUCCAAAAACGGUCAAUAUAGACAUACAAAUAACGGAUGCAAUGACAUCUCAAAAUGAUAACAUAGAACAGAACGAUAAUCAUUUAAAGAUUCAAACGGCAAAUUUAGAAAAAUCAGUCUCUUUACCAUUAUCUAAUGCAAAAUUAAAAUUCAAACCCUCGAAAUCGGCUUACGAAUUGGGUUCCGUUAAAAAAGUUCCAACGAGUAAAAUCGAAGUUACCAAUGAAGAUUCCGUGACGAAUUUGACAGGAACAAUGCACCCUUUGGAUACUUGUAGCGAUGUUAAUUUUCGAUACGGUGGAACGACCAAAUUAAAAUCUAUCAAACCAGUUAGAUUAUCUAGUCCAAGUGGUCAAGGUGAUAAUUUAAAUAAAAAUACUCAAAGCCAAAAUACUGAAGCUUUAAAUAGAUAACACUUACUUAUGUUAAUUAUGUUUGCAAAGAAAAAUGGAAAUACUAUCUCAAGAAGAAAAGAUAAAAAAUUGUGAUUGAAUGGUAUCGUCGAUUAUAUUCAUCGAGAAAUAACUCAAAACAAUUUUAUUACGGUCUAUAUAACAUUUGCAACGAUCAUUUAAUUCUCUAUUCUCGAAUCUACAUUCAUUUUUUUUCCUCCACACUCCGUAAUCUCAUUUCCUUUUCAUUCAUUUUUUUAGAAUAACAAAUGUGUAUUGCGUAAACGAAUGAAUUUCUGUUAUACUAAAAACGUAUAUAGUUAUCUAGGAAAAAAGAAAAGAAAAAAAAACAA